GGCGCGCGGCUUCGCGAAUCGCCGCCUUCUCAAGAAUGAGACUAAGAACCCUAAACACGAUGAAUGCUAGCCUGCUUAACAAGGGAUCUUUUGCUAGCGCCCCGGGAGCUUUUCCACUCCACCGCGCAGCCGAUCGCCGGAUCCUUGGCGCCACCGUCGCAAUGGCAACUCCAGCAGUCGAAUCGGGGCUCUCUUCUCGCAAAUCGCGAGUGGUGGUUCCCAACUUCCAGGGCAAGAAGCUCGUAGGUAUUUUGGAUGAUACUGGAUCUCCAGACCUCUGCAUUCUCUGCCAUGGACUGCGAUCGAGCAAGGAGUCUACUGGUUUGGUUGUUCUAGCCAAUGCUCUAGCGGAAGCCGGCUUAAGCACGUACCGAUUCGAUUUUUCUGGCAAUGGGGAAAGCGAGGGUGAGUUUUCUUAUGGAGGAUACUGGCAAGAAGUAGAAGAUCUUCGUGCUGUGGUUCUUCACUGGAGGGCUCAUACCCGGCUCGUGAAUUGUAUAAUCGGUCACAGCAAAGGUGGCAAUGCGGUGUUGCUAUAUUCUUCCAAGUAUGGCGAUGUUCCUCUCGUCGUGAAUUGCAGUGGACGUGGUUUGCUCAAGAGAGGCCUCAAGUCACGGCUUGGAAGUGACUUUAUGGGGCGCCUGGAUCGUGAAGGUUUCGUCACCGUUAGAGAUAAACAAGGCGACUUCAAUGUCACAAAGGAGAACCUUAUGCAAAGACUCUCCAUCGAUAUGUUUGGCGAGGUGGGAAAAAUCCCAAGCAACUGCAGAGUGCUAACGAUACAUGGCUCGGAGGACGAGGUUGUGACCGUGGAAGAUGCAUACGAGUUUGACAAGCACGUACCAAAUCACACUCUCAGAAUCGUGGAGGGAGCUGAUCACGGUUAUAGUUCUCAUCACUCGGAACUAAAACAAACCGUGCUGGAGUUCGUCCAAGGUGAAAGCUGCCAGGGCCGGGCCUUGAUGUAAAAGUAGGAGCGAGCUGGUUCCUUCACGCGUAUUAUAAUUUCAUCCUAUAUGUUCUCAGCAUAGAGAAAACCGGCAUUGUGACGGACCGUCCAAGGUGACGACGCUGUCCUUUACCGCGGUAAUAAGAUCCGAAGCUUUGAGACCGA